GAGUAUGGUAUUAAGUAAGGUUUGACUUAGAUUUGUUCAACUUUCAUUUUAGAGUAAUUUAUUGUUUAUCACGUUAAAAAGCUCAUUCGCACACACACAUGUUAUAGUUUCAAAUAUCCGAUUGAUACAUUGAAAGUGCUAUAACAAUUUUAUAUGUGGUUAAGAUUUGUUAAAUUAUUAUUGUUCUAUGGUUGACAUAGAUAUUUUACUUUUUAUAUAGAUGUUAAUUUUCAAGGUUAGAGUCCUUAACCUAAAUGUUUAGGUAUUAACUUUUGUGUUUACCAACCUAGUUGACAAAGAAGAUAAACAAAAAUUUUCAAAAAUUAUUUAUAAUAAUAUACCAACUCAUUAAUUUUUACUGAAAAAUGGAUUCGCACAAAUCUCGAGGUUUAAAACAUGUGAAAGAUAAACGAAAGUACAAAGGUAAUAGUACUAAAAUUUCAAAGUAUGUCCCUACAAAAUUACAACCGAAUUUAGAAUCAAAUUGGCAUAGAUAUGAAGAUGAUCUAGAGAAUGAAGUUGGUGCAAUGGAAUAUUCAACUCUUGCCGGUGUACCGAUAUCUAAAGGUACCCAGUUUCAAACUAAAAGUGAUAAAUUGUUGACUAAUGAAACUGAAUCAAGUACUUUUGAUGGAUUGUUCAGUUUAAACUUGGAAAAAUUGGAAGAAAAUUUAAUGACUAUUCCUUUUUAUAAAAGAGUAGGAGUUGAUGAAAAUUAUUUUUCAAAUCGUCAAAUUCAUGAUAUGAAUAGUGAAUCUGAAAAUUUUUUGAAAAAGUGUAUAAAACCAAAUGAUGGAUGUAGUAGUCCGUCGAAACAAAGUCAUCAAAUAUCAACAAAUAAUCAUACAAAAUCAAAAGAUGCUACAAAAAGUGAAACUACACAAGAUAUAGCAAUUUCAAUUCAGGAAAACUUAAUUCUUGAAGAAACUCCAACAAUUGUUGAAAAAGAGAGUACUGAAACUUCGGAAAAUCAUGAAGAACUGGAGAAAUGGUUAGACGAUUUUUUAAAUACAUGAGUUUGUACCUCCCUUAGUUUAAAUAUAUUUUUAUUCAUUUGUUUAA